AUGGGAUAUGACGUGGAGAAAAACUCAUUGACUGCGCAAACUCAGUCUCAAUUGACAACCUUUGUGACAAGCUGAAGGCGAUUGGAAGAUCUGAUGCAAGGAAAGUGCUUGAUGAAUGGAUCAAGUGACGGAACUGCAAAUGUGCAACCUGCAUCAGCUGGAGCCACUAUGCGCACGCCAACAAGUAUUUCUUUUUUAAGGAGGGGGGGGGUGGGGGUGGGAAUGUUAUAAAAAGAAAAAAAUUCCAGCGAGCAACUCAGGAGUAGAGUUUUUAUUUAAAUAAACAAGUUGUUUGGGCUGAAGAUUUCAAUUACUCGUCACCAAUUUUUGUGAAUAUUCAGAAAAUUUAGCUUUUCACUUGUUUCUUUAGGUAAGCAGUUUCGUUAUUUGAUUUUAAUGAUUCAUGGAGACCAUGACCCGAAUGCAGCUCUUUAGUGAACAUACUAUUGUGACAGGUAGGUUUGGAAACCUGCUUGAAACUUGUUUGCAUUGUUACCACUCAGUGGAGACCCGAGUUAAAACCGGAUUCUUACAGGUUUUGGGAUCUUGUACAGUUCGACAACCUGAUGAGGCACCAAAGAAAAGACGCAAGCAGUUCCAGCAGCUUGCAGAGUUCAGUGACACGAAGUAGAGUUUAGUGACAUGAAAGUAAAUAAGUACGUAACCGAAUAAUAAUACGAUGGAAGCGCAUUAAAGAAACGUUAAGUUGGGGACUAUCCCCUCCUUUAGCCCCAAAAACUUGUCAUCCCCUCAAAAUCGUGCUCCUCACACAGAGGCCUGGAAACAAGGAUAGUUGUCAGUUCACUUCGUCCAAAGAGAGGAAGGCAGAAAUGACUUCCCAAAGGAACGAACAAGAGAACUUGCGGACUUCGAUUUUCUCGAUCGAAUUAUCUAAAGGUCCGCGCUCUCCUCCUAUGAGGAAAGGAACAGCCUUCACAGUGAAACUGGAUGGAUCAUUUUCAACCUAUUUGAUGACUAGUUGCUCAGUGGUUGAACGAAGUGGAGCAACUUCCUCAAGCAGGCUAACUUGUAAGCGAUUUGGUCAGUCUCUUCCGGAGGAGAAACAUCCUAUAAACCCAGAUUCAGCAGAAUCUAUAAAAAUGGAAGAAUUCUGCGUUAUUCCUUACGAAUCGCCUUCGAACUUAAAAUUAAUCAGCGCCGAUAAGCUGUGCAAAGAGGGAGAAAUGAUGACGCGGAAGUCUACUUGCAAAUCAUUUACAUUCUUAGGAAAUUCCUUCACCAUCAUGACUUGGGAAUUCAAAAAUGAUGAAGAGACUUAUGUUUUAACCGGAAUUGAUUCUGAUGUGGAGCUUGUUGCGAGUUCUUGCAGGGGAUCGCCUGUAGUUUCCAUCGACGAUCUACGGACGGUUAUUGGAGUGGUGACCUGCUCGUCAAACGGAGACCUUGAAUUGCUCUUCCUCGAAGCAAACUCUCUACGUGAAAUAGAAGGUAGGGAUGUGCUUUAAUGUAAUUCUUAAUGUUAAUUCUUAAGGAAAAUCCCCCUUUGAAAUUUCCUGUGAGGUCUUCAGUGACAAUGAAAUAUAUGGUUUGAAUUUUUUGGUUCCUUCGACCUCAACCAUCCUCCCCAGUCAGUGUGAUGCUUGGCUGGCUGGCGGCGAAGGUACGUUAGUUGUAAACUUACGGUCGUUCUUUGACUUUUGUAUGCAACCACAUUAAUCGAGAACAGGGAGUCACACUUAUCUGAAGGCUUCUCUCAAAAUGGUUCAGGUAGCGGUACAAAAUUUUCGCCUACUUGCAGGGAAAAACAAAUGCAUCAUAAGUUAUGGUUAAAAGCAACUGGAACGAAUGAAGUUUUGAAGUUAAGUAGCCUACUUAAAAACUAUCUAGUGUUUGGCUAAUAAAUUUACAAUAUUGGGAUAAUUUUAUCAAAACUUAUCAAAACCAUGCUGACUUCAUCGAUGAUUAUCAUUCUAGGACAACUUAAAGCCAGAUGUUCAGAUGACAGGGGAAUUGAUGUUACAGACUCUCCCUUAAUUGUACGUGGUCCACCAUCAUCUGCGUCUGCCCGUCAUCAACAAAAUACACAUCCAGGUACAGUUUUCGCUGUGCUAGUAGAGCUAAGUUUACGAUCACACACUUAAUGAAUUCAGUGAAUAAUUUUAGUUAAUCUAUACUGAAAAAGGUCAAUAUCACGGAAGGAAAACGACAAAAGACAGUGAAACGAAAUGCAAAUGAAAAUAUUCGUGGUCUCGUCACUGGUGAUGAGAAACGGUUACGUCUUUGAAAUUGUAUAUAUAUAUAUAUAUAUGGGUUAAUUCGUCCAAAUAUACUCCAGUUAUUUACGUAAAUAUGACCAGUUCAGUUGGGCCAAAAUUAUUCUCCUCCCUGAGCCUUUUUUACACAGUCUUAACCUUGGGAAAUAGUAUUUCAUUGCGAGUUUUAUUGAGCUAGACAAAUAACACUCUGGGAUCUAUUCGUAAACAGAAACCAAAGCAGAGAGAAGUUUUUUUUAUUUUGAUUGUAUUGAAAGAUGUUAAGAUUGAUUUUAACGCUGAGAUAGUAGAUUUAGAUGACAUUAAAUGUUGGUAGAGUGCCUAAAGAAAGUUUACAGAUCACUCUUCUUUUGCUUUUGGCUUACAAGAUCCUCGAGAUGUGUACUUAUGCAGCAACAUAAGGCAGUUUAAUUGAUAUGAAGUGCAUACAAAUGCUUUGGGUUUGUAGAUGUACAAAAAGAUAGCUUUUUGACCAAUCAGACUGUACAUGAUACCUUAUCUAUAUUGUAAAUGCUUACACAUCAAGAUGACUAUCAAAAUAUUGAAGCUUAUAUCUGCAAUUAGACCUAUAGGGGUAUUAAAAUGAAACUUGAUUUUUAAUAUCACAUUUAAUUUGUGACAACCCAGCAAACAGAAAUCUUAAUUUCCUUUUAGUGUUCAAAAUAGUUUUCAGAUCUGAUAUUUUAAAAAUACAAGGACUGUGGUGGUUCAGAUUUGUUAACAGUGAAUAAUAUUCUUACAAUUAUAUUCUUGUUACAGUAAAUAUGUGCCAUAGCAUUCAGGAACAAUAUUCAUGCUCAAAUAACAGUUAAAAAUAUACUUAAAACUUUUGUUGUCCAUACAGCUACAUUCUUGUGAAUAAAUUGUGCUUGCUUGAUUUGAAGGAAACCUGGUAGUUAAUUUCUAGCACCCAUGUAAUUGUUCUUAGUAAUUUAAACUUAGUAAUUACUGUCUUUUUACAUACCAAUACACAGAAGAUACUGGAACUAAUGCCCAAACAUCAUCUGAAGAUUUGGAAAAACGUCUAUCACAUGUGUCAGUUCAGGGUAAGAAUUUCACAUGUAUUUCUUACUAGGACACUGAUCCUCCAUUAGAGACUUUUUCAACUGAGCUACCUGCAGAUUUAGCAAUUUGGUAGUGUUUGAUCUGUAUGCAUUUCUUAGAAGAAGACUGGUCUUUCAUCACAGAUUUUCUGUAACUGCGCUACCUGCUGAUUUAUUUAGCAUAUAAGUGGUGGUAUUUGAUAUGUUCCCCUUUUAGGAUUUGAAUAGGUCACAGAGAACCUGGAAAGUCUCAGAAUUUCAUUGUAUUAUCAACUAGGCUUGGGAAGUCAUGGAAUUGCAGUUUUGGUCAUGGAAUAUCAAGGGAAAUGUCUUUCUGUGAACUUCAAAUUUUGUCUAUGGAAAUCCUUUACUUUGUACAAUUGUUGUCACUCCCCUGACACUUAUUGAAAGCAAGGUUUUCCUGUAGCUGAAGAAUUAAAUAAAUGAUACAAUUAAUUUAACACAGGAUUUUCUUGACAUCUAGAGACAACUCCACAUAUAACACAGACUUCCUCCCAUGAAAGUAAACCUGAAAAGAUCAGAUGCAUUUGGGAUGAACAGGUGCCAUCUUUGAAAUCUUCUCAAGAUUUGAUGAAUGAUUUGAAGUUACAUCUGGACCCAAAGAGGGAUCUUGGUGGAGAUUAUUGUUCAUUAGCAAGUGCAUUUGGAAAAAACAUGAAGUAUAUAUGGUAUUUGGAUUCAAGACCGAGUCCUGUUGAACAUUUGAUACGAGAUUACUGUCCGACUUUAAGACAGCUUGAAAGGGCAUUAAUUAGUUCUAUGGUCAACCGAGGAGAUGUUUCAGACAUAGUUAAGGAGUGGGUUGAAAAAGAGGGUUGUCACUGUGAAGAAUGUGGUGGUAUUCGUUAGGGUUUGAUCUAAUUUGCAGGUGUUAUUUCUUUCUACUUAUUUCCAAGAUUCUACAGUUUGCCUGUGGGCGAGUAAACCACAUUUUUUGAUAAAGUGGAACACUAGAUUUCUUCUGGAAUCACAGGAAAUUACACCAGUCCUAUAGAUUAGGCCAAAUUGAUAUUUCCAAAGUUGACAGUUUUGUCACUUGGAAGUGGAAGUUGCCGAAUUAAGCAAGGAAAAGGUACUUUAUGACCAAUAAUCCAUUUAACCCACAAUGUUGUCAGUAAUAAUUAAAACAUUUAACUGCUAGUCAAGAUAGUUUUGCAAACUUAAACAAAUGAUUUAAAAGAAAUGAGUGCAGUAAGAAGUUAGUAUUUGUGAUAGCCUUUGGGACUGGUUAUCAUUUCACAGGUGUCAAAACUCAACUUUAGCUCCUGUAGAGUUUAACAGAUAAAAUGAUUGCUAAAAAGUUAGAUACGAUAAAGAUGAUUACUAAUACAGUGAUAUAAUCUGUCCUUGAGAAGGAUAUUCCCAAUGUUGGAAAAACCAGGAAAUCACUUCCUUUUCAUCUAACAUACAUGUUGUCACUGUACCUUUAAACCUAAUAGAUAUUUGAUUUACCUUACUGACCAAAGUAGAGGUGAAUAAUGGUGGAUAUUUACCGAGCUGAGAAGCCGCAAGGUGAAUAUCAACCACUUUCUCGAACACUUGGGGGAAUAAUUGUAUUAGUAUAUACCACACAGAUACCAAAAAAUUAGUUUUAAUAAUUUCUUUCAAUAUACUGAUGCACUGCCUUACUUUUUACUUGCACAAAUUUGUCAAAACUGUGGCCAGUGCAGUUGCAGAGCUUAAAGUAUAGAUGAAAAACAACAAUGCAAGGGAUAAUGAUGAAUGUAAUUUUUUAGUGUCUUUAAAAGAUGAAGCAAGAAGGUGUAGCUUAUGUUUAAUCCACUUUAUCUUUAACAGAUGUCUUGAAAUAUGCUGCACUAUUAGUGCUUUUAGGCAUGUAUUUUUGCUAAGUAUUUAUAGUUCUAUACUUAUUUUAUCAUCUGUAAAUUAGGAAUGAGGGUAAAUAUUGUUGUGAAACUAUUAAAAAUUAUCUAGUAGGUACCUGAAUAUUUUUAAGUUCAAUGGAGUUUUUUUUAAAUUCUGGCAGUAAGUGAAUAAAUUCAGUACUGCUCAUCUGUUUACUUUGUGGCUCGCCAAAACCACUGCUAGCAGAAACUAUUAGAAAGUAAUUGCUUUUAGUAAAGUAACCAAGACACUGUAUCUUCAGAGUAGUCACUUAAUAUGGUGAACCAGAAAACUGACUCAUAUUAGGUAGCAAUCAUGGCAAACAAAGUUUUCAGUUGUUGUAAUUGUUGUUUUUUGUAAUGAUAGCAUAACAAUCUUCUUAGGUUGUUGGGUGGAACUCUCAAAAAUAUUUUAUGUGCUUUAUGCAUCAAUCAAUUUGAUGCUUCAAAUUGAAAAAAGGACAUGGUCAGUUUUACCAACAAGAAGAGAUCUCAACACAAAGAUGAACUGUAACACUAAACUUUAUUAUUCACAAAAUUGUCUUCAUAAUAAAUAGUUUGAUAGAAGUCUCUCAAAAAAUAAUUUGUCAUACAAUGUGAUGGUCUGAAAGAUUCCCUAUCAAACAAAUCUUGUGGUAACUGUAACAGUAUAAAAUAAAUAUCUCAAUUGGGAUAGAUUUCUCAAUAUUUUUUGAAGUAUCUUUGCAAACAGAAACAUACAUCUCAGAAUUAUAUUAUCAUAACAUCAGUUAACACAAUGCAACAAGAACUACUGUAAUGGCAGUUUUAUAAUUUGUUAGAGAAGGCCUCUGACCACUAUGAAUGUAAAUAUCAAUUCACUGAAUGUUAAUCGCUGACAGAUACUAAAAUGUGUCAAAAGGACAAGUAUUGAUGAGAUCAUUAGUCAAGAGGAAGCAUUUCUGUCCUUUUCCUUUAUAGCGCUUCAACACCCAAGAUCUGAUUGUAAUUUCUCCCUUCAAGCUGCUACACAUUUAGUUGUAAAUAAGUCAUGAGAAUUUGAUUAAAGAUCAAGAUAACUUCUAUUGGUAAGUUUCAGU